AUUCUUUGACGUGACCCCCUUGGGCCAGAUCCUGAACCGUUUCUCAGCUGACACCAACAUCAUAGAUCAGCACAUCCCUCCUACCCUGGAGUCUUUGACCCGCUCCACUCUGCUCUGCCUGUCAGCCAUCGGGGUCAUAGCGUUUGUCACCCCAAGCUUCCUCAUCGCUCUGAUUCCUCUGGCUGUGUCCUUCUACUUUAUACAGAAGUACUUCCGGGUCGCCUCAAAGGACCUUCAGGACUUAGAUGACUCCACCCAGCUUCCUCUGCUCUGCCACUUCUCUGAGACUGCAGAGGGACUCACCACCAUCCGAGCAUUCAGACAUGAAUCUCGAUUCAAGCAGAAGAUGCUGGAGCUGACAGAUACCAACAACACAGCCUACCUGUUCCUCUCUGCUGCCAACCGCUGGUUGGAGGUCAGAACGGACUACCUGGGUGCUGUCAUUGUGUUAACAGCAGCAGUAGCCUCAAUAUGGAGCUCUGGCAAGAACCUUCCCUCUAGCAUGGUGGGGUUAGGCCUGACCUACGCCUACGAUACCACCCAGGUCCCCGAGGACUGGCCCCAGCACGGAGAGAUAAAGAUCCAGGAUCUGUGUGUCCGUUAUGACCCCCUUCUGAAGCCUGUCCUCAAACACGUUAAUGCCUACAUCAACCCCGGACAGAAG